UGAUUGGUUUUAAGGAGUCAUGUGACAGGUGACGUUCGCAGUCGCAACAGGAAGUAGUAGAAACAAGCAGGUGCAUAUUGAAUAUGUGAGUGUGGGUUUUUGUUUCAUUUCUUUUUGUGAAAACUGUUAUUAAUACAGAAUAUCCUAUGUUAAGAAUAUUACUAAACUAUUAAGAAUGUUAUCGUAGAGGUAACAGCAUCAGUUGUUCUCUCCUAUAGUACCUGUCGCUCCUUUCCUCCGCAGUCAGUGUCUGAGUAACAUGGAGACUCGCUUCACUAGAGGCAAGUCUGCGAUACUGGAGCGGCCUCUCAGCCGACCGAAGACCGAGGUGAGUGUGAGCGCCUUCGCCCUGCUGUUCUCGGAGGUGGUGCAGUAUUGCCAGAGCCGGGUCUACUCUGUGUCCGAGCUGCAGGCUCGUCUGUCGGACAUGGGUCAGAAGGUGGGGGGCAGCCUGCUGGACGUCCUGGUGCUGAGAGAGAAGAACGGCAAGAGGGAGACCAAAGUCCUCAACAUACUGCUGUUUAUUAAGGUACAGACUCACUCACACAGUCUGCAGAUAUUUUUAUAGGAUCUCUCAGUGAAGUACUCAGGGAUCAGAAACAUGUUUCACAUCAAUUGCAAUAACGAUAGAGGCCCUAAGUCAUUGAAACAAACAAUUAGGGGAGAGUGGGGUAAGUUGAGCCAACCUCUUGUUGCUUGGAAAUGGUAAAAGAAAUUGAUCAUGUGAGCAAAUAUUUAGGAGAUGAUAUUGAAAUUAAACCAAACACAGGAAUAUUUUAGUUUGGAUCUAACCUGAGAGUCAUUUCUGUGUAAGCCUCACCUCUACGCCUGCUUCACUCAUUGUUGUUUUUUUUCACAGGUGUCUGUGUGGAGAGCUUUAUUCGGUAAGGAGGCAGACAAGCUGGAGCAGGCCAAUGACGAUGACAAGACCUACUACAUCAUCGAAAAGGAGCCACUCGUUAACACGUUCAUAUCUGUCCCGAAGGACAACAGCACCUUGAACUGUGCGGCUUUCACAGGAGGAAUCGUGGAGGCCAUCCUCACAAACAGUGGCUUCCCUGCUAAGGUCACAGUUCACUGGCACAAAGGCACCACGCUCAUGAUCAAGUUCGAUGAGAAGGUGAUUGCCAGAGACAAAGCACUCGAGGGCAAAUAGGGGAGACGAAGGACACUGAGCGAUUGAGAUAAUGUGAGAUGAAUGUGCAAUAAAUAUGUAAUAUCAGCUAACAGGAAUGUCUGUUACCUCUGUCUGCAGACUGUGGUGACAAAUACAUCAUGAAUUCUUUCAGGAACUAUGGAGUCAAAUUCACAGAAUAAAGACUCUCUUUUUAAAAUUAACAGAAGGAAAGAACUGCAUGUAACAAAUGUUGUCUGUAUUUUUCCUUCUAUCCUUAAGAUCAGUUCAUGGUUUGAAAAACUAAGAUGUCAAAUUUUCUCUUGUGGAAAAAUAGGCAUGUCUUUACAUUUGAAAAGCUGGAACUCCUACACUGCAUCUACUAUAAAGCCCUGAUGGAGAAAUAGCUGUUUAGCGUUUUUUAGGAUCACCCGAAUAUGUUGACAUAGACCAAACUCACAUCUCAAAUUAAACAUGUAAUCAGAGAAUUAUGUUUGGCAUCUGUGUCACUGAAAAAAAAGAAAACUUUGUAUUUAAAUCAACUAUGUAGGUAAAUACUUAAGGGGAUGGGUUGGGGUCAUGACUUUUUAUUUACCUCUGUAAAUAAUACUAUUCAAAUUUUGUGUCCAUAGAGUUCGGAAAGGUUUUACUGUGUAAUGGAAAAAUAAAAGGUUGGAAAGCAAGGAGGGAAACGAGUUAGUUGUGCAAGAUUUUCAAAAAAUUAUAAAGAAAAGAAAAUUA